AGGUGCCGUCUUGUGUUUUUCGUCUAGAUUUCUUUGUUGGACUGGUGCUUCACAUCACAAGCGCGUCGAUCGUGGGUCCAGUAAAAUGUCAGAUUAUCGAACACAGGUAAAUAUUCCAGUUACCAGGGAUGCUCGUACCUUUGAACAACGUCGGAAGGAUAUGUUCAACAACUUAGAGCGUCGUACAAGUACACGACUUAAUGAUAGAGUUGGGGCACCUUCGGACACCUCGGCUACUUCGCUAACCACGGAUUCUGGUAUUGCCGGCAACACAUACCGAUCACCUGAUGAUUGGGACCGUGACGUUGACCGCUGGAUCGGUGAAAGCCGACGACGCUGGAAUGAGGAAAUGCGCAGAAUGAGGCAGGACAUGUUUGCACUAGAACCCGUUGAUGACUUCACAAUGGACCGCUGGGGUCCCAUGGAUGCUAUAGGAUCUUUCGACCACCCAACAUCACAUUCAUCCAUGAUAGCAAGAAUGGAGCGAGAGAUGGAAACGCUACGGCAACAAAUGGGCGAUAUGAGUUCUCUUGGCCCGACGAGAUUUCCUGGGACGAGCGGAAGAACCAUUCAGUCCUCGAGCACAUCACGAGUCACCACGUCCACAACAAGUGGAAGUGGUGACCCACGCAGUAUGCAAACGCGUAGCAAUGUGCAAGAAAGCGUUCAACAUUCGAGAACAGUCAACGGAGUCACGACAGGUACAUCUAGCCAUUCAUCGAUGUCGAGCAAGUCCACUGGACCGGAAGCUUUGAGGCUCACACAGGGCGGUACUCCUGGGGCUUUGCUGCCCCAAGGAAGUGUUCCAGGCGGAGUGAUGAACUUUUUGAAAGAUGCAUACGAGUUAGAUGAAGAUGGACAGGUGCAUUUCAAAGUGCGUUUCGACGCGAAAGAUUUCGCCCCAGAAGAUAUCGAUGUCACAACGGUAGAUAAUCGUCUUACUGUACAUGCGAAAAAAGUUUCCAAGACCGGUGGAAACGAAACGGCAAAAGAAUUCAGCCGAACGAUUGACUUGCCACAAUCCAUUGACCAUGAACAUUUCCAGUGCAACUUGACCGAGGACGGGGUGUUAAUACUUGAUGCGCCUGUCAAAGCUCCAGACUAUCAGUCAAUCACGUUCGACAAAGACUCUCAUCUUAGUAUCAGACCAAAAUCUGAAGCGGAACUGCGAUCGACUUCAAGCUCCACACGUAAUCCUCUUCUUGCCCCAAUCGGUGUUUCUGGACCAACCAUCUUGAACGAUGGUCCCAGCGGUCGUAAACUGCAUCUUGAGGUUCCUGUAGAUCCUGAAUACAAAGCAGAAAACUUAUGUGUACGUAUGGACGCGAAUCGCAUAAUUGUGUCAGGAAAACAGCAGAGUACCAGCGGUGGACGUUCAACUCAAGAGUUUUCCCGAUCUUACGAAGUACCGGAAACGGUUGAUCCCUUUUCCGUGACGGCUCAACUUAGCGGCACCACUUUGAUCAUCGAAGCACCGUUGUUGUGCUCAAUGUGAGCGCUACUGGCGGACUGGUAACAGAAAGUCAAACAAGCCUACCUACUGGUUCGCGCAAUCUUACCAUUAACUGUGCAUGCAUACAUAAACACACCCGUCUCUGUCUUCCGUAGGUGCAGUGACCUUGCAUGUUUACCCUCAUUGGUAAUAACAGUCAACUUGACUCACACGAAUCGAUACCUUUUGCUUUUGUGUGUGAGUGCGUUUUCAUAUGUGGUACAGCGCCUUCUUGUGUACCCUUGCCUUAUCCAUCAUUUUCGCCUGGUCAUAUUACGUUUGCACCUUUUUGUUCGGAUUAUGUUCCCUACAGGUUAAAUCAAUCCAAUGAAAAUAUGAUUUCUUGCUAGACUUGCCGGCGAUGAGCUGUUCCAACAUAGUGUUUUUGUAUAAUCAAACCAGCAGAUGAUGUCAGGAAAUAACAGCUGAUUAAACUGCCCCCGU